GUGCGGAAGAUGUAGCUGAACACCAAGUGACAGAAACUGUGAUCGUUCACAAGCUCAGGUCAUCCCUGGGAAGGGUGUGGCCUGUGGAGCACCACCCACCAUGUCUAAGAAGGUACCCAGUGGGCGGGGCAAAGGGGAGCGGCCUGAUGCCAUGGCAGCCCUGCAGGCAGCCAAUGAAGAGCUGAGGGCAAGCUCCACGGACAUUCAAAUCGAACUGCAGCAGGAGAAGAACAAGGUGAGUAAACUGGAGCGAGAGAAGAGCCAGGAGGUGCGCCAUGAGCAGCACAAGUCCGCCGUGGCAGUGACGGAGCUGCGUGCCAAGCUGCACGAGGAAAAGGUGCGUGAGCUGCACGGCGUGCGUGAGACCCUGCUCCGCCAGCACGAGUCCGAGCUGCUGCGUGUCAUCAAGAUCAAAGAUGGCGAGAUCCAGAGGCUGCAGGCCCUUGUCUACACGCUCCGAGAUGGCUCUGCGGACAAGGUGAAGUCGGCGCUGAUGGCAGAUGCCCGGGAGGAGGCGCGCCGAGGCUUUGAGGUGGAGCGCUCACGGCUGCAGCAGGAGAUCUCUGAGCUGAAGGGAGUGAAGCGGCAGAUGGAGGAGGCGUUGAGCGUGGCCGUGCAGGCCGACAAGAUCAAAGCAGCGGAGAUCCGUAGCGUCUACCACCUCCACCAGGAGGAGAUUGGUCGCAUCAAGAAAGAGUGUGAGAGGGAGGUUCGCAGACUGAUGGAUGAGAUAAAAGUUAAAGAGCGGACUGUGUACAGUCUGGAAAGAGACUUGGGGCUGCAAGCCAGCCAUGUACAGAGACUGCAGCAGCAGCUGGCCCUGCUCACAGACGCCAGCCCCAAGAAGGAGAGCCCAUGCUCAGCCGCUGCAGGAGACACAGCAGAGAGCACAGCUAACACUGUGCAGCAGCUGGAUGAGAAGGACGCUCGGCGCUUCCAGCUGAAGAUCGCAGAGCUGAGUGCUGUCAUUCGCAGGUUAGAAGACCGCAACGCCCUGCUGUCGGAGGAGCGCAACGAGCUGCUGAAGCGUCUUCGUGAAGCAGAGAGCCAGUAUAAGCCACUCCUGGAUAAGAACAGGCGUUUGAGUCGUAAGAAUGAAGAGCUGGCUCACUCUUUCAGACGCAUGGAGAACAAACUGCGUUUCAUCACACAGGAAAACAUAGAAAUGCAGGAGAAGGCGGGAACACUGCGGAGGCCGAGUUCUCUAAACGACCUGGACCAGAGCCAGGAAGAGCGGGAGAUCGAGUUCCUCAGAUUACAGGUCCUUGAACAGCAGAACAUCAUUGACGAUCUGUCCAAGGCAUUUGAAACAGCUGGAUAUGUGAAGAGCGUAAUUGAGAGAGACGUGCUGAUGAGAUACAGAAGGCAGGACAGCGUGCGCAGGAAGAGGAGUUUAAAGACCUGCAAACCAGUGAUCGAGACGUUCUUUGGCUAUGACGAGGAAGGCUCUAUAGACUCGGAUGGCUCUUCCAUAUCCUACCACACCGACAGAACCCCCUGCACGCCAGACGAUGAUCUAGAGGAGGGAAUGCGCAAAGAAGAAACGGAGCUGAGGUUCCGUCAGCUGACGAUGGAGUACCAGGCUCUUCAGCGUGCGUAUGCCCUACUCCAGGAGCAGGUGGGCGGGACCUUUGAUGCUGAAAAGGAAGUCAAGACGCGAGAGCAGUUGCAGGCAGAGCUAAGCCGCUACCAGACCAGGAUAGCUGACCUGGAGCGUGUGCUGAGCCAGCAGGGCCAGGAUGUGAAGUGGGUUGAAGAGAAACAGGCCUUAUAUCACCGAAACCAGGACCUCGUUGAGAAGCUGAAGGAUGUGGAGACAGAAGAGGUACGCCUGAAGCAUGAGCUUCAGGAUGUAAAAGACCAGAAUGAACUCAUGGAGUUCCGCAUUCUAGAACUGGAAGAGAGAGAGAGGAGGUCUCCGGCCAUGAAGAUCCACAGCAUCCUGUUUGCAGAGGGAGUGAGUCCUCUACAGGUGUACUGUGAAGCAGAGGGGGUCACAGACAUCAUCAUCACGGACCUGAUGAAAAAACUGGACAUUCUGGGGGAUAACGCCAAUCUGAGCAAUGAGGAGCAGGUGGCGGUGAUCCAUGCCAGGACUGUGUUAACUUUAGCUGAAAAGUGGCUAGAACAAAUUGAGGUAACCAAAUCAUCAUUACAGCAGAAAAUGAUCGACAUUGAGAGUGAAAAGGAGCUCUUCAGUAAACAAAAAGGAUAUUUAGAUGAAGAAUUAGACUACAGAAAACAGUCUAUGGAUCAGGCUAAUAAGCGAAUCCUGGAGCUGGAAGCAAUGUUGUUCGAUGCACUGCAGCAGGAAGAGGCGGGUGCCAAAGUUUCCGAGAUGCUGUCAGAGGGCGAUCGGGAUUCGCUGAGGAGAGCUGUCGAUCAGUGGAAGAGACAGAUUCUCUGCGAAUUACGAGAGAAAGAUGCUCAGAUACUCAGAGAGAGAAUGGAGCUCCUACAGCAUGCUCAACAACGAAUAAAAGAGCUAGAAGAAUGGAUCGAGACACAGAAACGACAGAUUAAAGAACUGGAAGAAAAGUUUUUAUUUUUAUUUUUGUUCUUUUCUUUGGCCUUCAUCCUUUGGUCUUAAUUCUUCCAGCAUGCCAGAGAUGCUCACAGGUUUCCAGGCUGUUUUCUGCCUUCUGUAAAAGAAGAGAAGAGAAAGGAUAUAUCCACAGACAGCUCAUGUGAUCUGGAAGGCCAGCAAUCGUCUGUUGAUGCAAGAGGCUACUCUCUCAACCUCAAACUCUAGCUUUUCCUUGGGACCUACUGCUAAGGGAAUAUGGUGCUCUCUCUAGUGGACUAAAACUGUUUUUAUCUUGCUGAACUUUGACCUUUGCUCCAUAUGACCUCUUGGGUGUGGAAUUUAAGGAGUAUUAAAUUGAAGUGCUCUCUCCUUUCCCUGCUAAGCAGGUGGUGCUGGAGGCUGCUUCCCUUUGGAAGCCUGAAGGAAUGAGAGGUGUUGCAUUAAAAUCCUUCCCCCUCACUGUUUACACUCAGUCUGCUAUGGUUCCUAAAGGCACACCCAGUGCCUGCCUGGUGGAGCUAGUUAUGCUCAUACUCUCUCUUUUACACACACAUAACACACAAAAUAUAUAUACACCAGAGCAUAUGUAAUGGAACUGAAAGCCAAAACCCUCGGGUUAGAUUUGAUUUUUUUAAAUGUAAAAGAUCAGUAUUUCAAAAUAAAUUUCUCAAGAGAGAACUACAAACCUGAAUGGAUGUGGCGUUUUUACUCUGCCUUUUUCAAGUGUUUAUGAAUCGCUUUGUUUUAAGAAUUGAAUUAUUGUUUAUAUAUAUAUAUAUUUUUUUUUUUUCAAUCAUGAUGGUAAACAUUGUAUGAUUCUUUCGAGACUGCCAUACUAGGAUAAUAAUUAGUUUAGACUGGAGGCUUUAGCAAACCUGGAGCAGUGGAGACAAGGUGAUGUUCAGUUCCAGUCGUUUUAGCACUUGGUAUCACUGUGAUUAUAUGAAAAACAAGCAGGACUGGAAGAUACAUCACAAGAUACAAUCACACAGCAAAUCCAUCAGUGUUAGUGUAACUUCUAACCCAUGUUCUACAACUGAAGUAUGCAAAGAAUGCAAUGAUGUGUAUUAAGUAUGUUGAUGUUUAUUGAUUGGAAUAUUACUUUUGUUUCUUUUCAUUCAAUGCCAAUGCCUUAAUAAGAAACGUGACCAGAAGGGGGCAGCACAUUACUAUUUUUUUAUUAUCGUAUUUAUGGCAUUUAAUAUUUUUCAGUGACUGUUGUACUUGCUGCUUCCGAAUAAUCUGUGCCUUCGGGUGAAAAUCCUUUGUUUGUUUGACAAUACAUUGCAGUGCUUGUCCAAAGAUCCUGUCUGCUCACAUUAAGAUCCGGGACGAACGAGAGACGAGUAGAGACGAAAGGACGAGGAGGAGAUGAACGAAAUGCAGGUCUCUGUCUCUAUGCCUCUCUCAGUGGUCAGCGGCUUCCAGUUGUCAGAAGAUUCACUCAGACAGGCUUACACUAAACUAGGACAAAAAUAUCUCUCAGGCUUAAAUUCACCAUGGCUCUGGACGGCCAGGGGCGCACUGAAUGAGAGGAGAGCAAUGCAUUGUGCAUGCAUGAAAAAAUGUGGGAUAGGUUUGCUAAAAUGAUCGCAAUCUUUAAAUUGUACAGCAAGUAUUCCUUCAACCCGAGAACACACCCUCAUUGAAGAUGAUCUUAACACUACGAUGAUUUUUGGCAAACGGGGUCUUAACCUGUAUUUUCUGAAGCCCAACAUCUGUUUACAUGUUGUUUUAGAUGUGUUGAUCCAGUUAAUAUUGGAGACAUUUAAACAUAGAAGCUUAAUGGUGAUUUGACUUGUGCUUGUGUCCUACUAUUCUCACGUUUCUUUUUAAAUCGGUACCCAUUAUAUUUGUAGUGUUUUUAUUGGGACAGUAAAUAUGAGUGACAUUGUGAUACAACAUGUCUGUGUCGAUCCUAUGGGCAUUUUUGUUUUAAAUGUCUGGGUCUCAACCUUUGUUCCCUGAUUCAAAAAGAUUUAAAUACGUGUACACGUGUUACGUCUUAUGAAUUCAUCGAGGUACUUGUAUCUUUACCAGGAUUCUUAUUGCUAAAAUUGUUUCCAGAUUGCGUAAAAUUUGUAAAUUAUUUCGAACUCCUCAUGCGUGCGUGUGUGAGGAGUCUCGCGGCAUCUUGCCAUUCAGUGUUAAAUACGGUCAUAUUAAACUACUACAGCGAAAA